UAUAAAUAACCUCCUAUUAAUAUUAAUAUCUCCACCCACUGCACAGUCACUGCUGCUGGUUAAAGGGCUAUUUAGGACUUUAAUUGUGGCCCUCCCAUAGAAACGCAUGUAUUAUUAUUAUUAUUAUUAUUAGAUCUUGACCAGGAAAUACUACACAAUCUUAGUUCAUAUAUAUAUGGCAGGCUCAUGGUUUCUUGCCUUGCUACCAUAAUGUGAUUAAUUGGUAUUGGAGGAUUAUUGAUCAAACAAUGUCACAAUUUAUUGUGUUUAAUCAUGGUUAGAAAUUUAGCAGAACAGAUCCUCCCACUUUAUGUCAGAGACAGUAAUGGGUGUAGCUUUAUAUAUAUUUAAAACAUGUCUAGUUUUGUGUGUGGAGAGUGUAUAAUAAGAAAUUAGUGUGCAGAGUCUUGGGCAUAUUCUUCUCAAACCUGACCCAAUUUAUCUUUUUUUUUUUUUGUGCAUCGCAGUGAUUUUGUUUUGUUCGUGCAGUCUUGCAAGAUACAUUUUCUAUGAGCACUCCUUUUGAAAAGUUAGAUUGGAAAAAAAUAAUAGUCUCUACAAACUCUCCCCUUUAUGCACUUUAGUUAUUGCGUUCAUUUUUCACAGUACAGAUUGUCUAAAUAUAUUGAAUACCGUAGAUGUAGUUGGCAUUGUAGAGAACUGUCAAGGACAUUGUAUGGUUUAGAGCAGCGGUGCCCAAAAGGUAGACCCCCAGAUGUUUUAGAACAGAGUGCCCAUAAGGUAAGUCCCCAGAUAGUUUAAAACGAUAGCUUCCAUGAUACUUUGUCAUUCUCAAGGCACGCAAAGCAUCAUGGGUGUUAUAGUUCUACAGCAUCUGGGGAUCUACCUUUUGGGCACCCCUGUUUUAGAACUAACUCUUCCAUGAAGCUUUGCCAUUCUAAAUGCAUGCAUAUCAUCAUGGUAGUUAUAGUUCUAUAACAUCUGGGGAUCUACUGUAUGGGCACCCCUGGUUUAGAUUACCUUGACUGUUAUCUGAGUCGAAUAUUUUUUCUAAUCUAAGCAUUUUGGUCUUAAAUUUGAAAUUUCUCUGUUAAGUCUUCACAAUUCACGAAGGGCUAUUUACUAAUGUGAGAAUAGUCAGUAUGCAGUUUGAAUUUCACCAAAAUAGCUGAGCUGCAAGCAUAGACGGCAUGGAGAAUAUUCUCAACGCGGCUGUUAUCGCUUUAAAAGUGAAAUUCCAUUUGAUUUACCUACAAUUGUAACUAUAGUAAAUAACCAUUGGUUUACUGCACAAAAAUUUUACUUCUACUGUUGCAAUCUAUUGGUCAGAGUUUCUAUGUGUUUGAAUGACUUAAAGGGACACUUUACUCAACCAAGCAACUUUCGCUUCAUGAAGCAGUUGUGCUGUAUAGAUCAUGACUCUGAAGUUUCACUGUUCAAUCCUCUGCCAUUUAAGAGUUAAAUCACUUUUGUUUCUUUUUAUGCAGCCCUAGUUACACCUCCCUUGUCUGUGACUGACACAACCUGUAUGGAAACAAAAAUGGUUUCAUUUUCAAUCAGAUGUUUAAAAGUUUGUAUCUUUAAAAGUUUGUAUCUUCUGCUCUGUAAAUUAAACUUGAAUUACAUACAGGGGCUCCUGCAGGGGCUCGAAAGUUUUUAACAGAAUAGGAGGUAUGACAUUUUUUUAUUAUUGGGAUUUGCAAUAAAGGAAGUGUAAACAUUAGAUUACUCUUUACAGGAAGUGUUUAGGAAGACUAUGUAAGUCACAUGAAGGGAGGGCUUCAUAAAGAAAGUGGUUUAAUUCAUAAAUGGCAGAGAAUUGGGCAGUGAUACUAUAGGGGCAUGAUCUAUACACCAAAACUGCUUAAUUAAGCUAAAGUUGUUUUGGUGCCUAUAGUGUCCCUUUAAUCCACUGGAAAGCAAUGCUGCCUUUUCAGUUAUCCUUCACCUUGACAGGUGACAAUGGAGUCUCAUCCGGGACAGACUUAAGUAGAUUAUUCCAUAUACCCGUAGGAUUUCCUUUACACUAUUCUAAAAUAAUGCAAAGGAAGGUAACAGAAGUCAUAUGUCUGUAAACACAGCAGCUGGUUUAAUGCAAAAUUUUUAGGAUUACAUAUUUUUGUUGUAUUUAAUUUUUGCAGGUACAGAUUUGUAACGGUCUAUUUCCUUUCAGUAUCAGGUGAAGUGACACUGAAUAGACUUUGGGACUGGGACAUUGGGACUGUAAAAUCUGGAAGAUGGGUUAUCGUAUUUCAGUAAUGCAGAACGUAGCGUUGUAUGCAGAUCAACACCUAUAUGAAGCAUAAAGGUGAGGCUACAUAUAAAUAAUACAAUUUAUACUUUUUUUUUUUUUUUUAAAUUGAUCAGAAUAAUUUGAUGGAAUAUCAAUUAUUUUCUGUAAUAAAAACAUUUCAUGCACAAGGUUAUUCACUAAAUUGUGAGGAAUUAAUCAGGAAAUUGAAAAUUAAUUUUUAGCCAAUAUACCGGUAACCAGAUUUGAAUAAUUCUACAAUUUUUUUUUUUUUCAAAUUUGGAUUUUGAACUACAAUCUCCUGGUUUAGGGAAUAACUCUUCUCAAUUCUGUAAUAAAACAUAUUUCAAAAAAAAUGCAAAAGGUGGAGUUAAAGAUCUGAUAACGAGGAGAAAAGGUGUUGUUGCACUCACUUCACUAUAUACAUUUCAAGAUUAAUUGGUAGUUCCAAGAUAAAACUUUAACAUAAAAUAAAUCAGGCACACAAAUCUGCAAAAAUAAAGUUUAAAAAAAAAAAUCCCCCCCCGCCGAAAUGGAAACAGUGACCUCCACAGGACACACCAACUCUACAACUAAAGACCAAAGGCACCAAUCACACAGAGACACACAAGGAACUCAAACAACACGUUCCCACGACUUAACCUAAGCUGACACAAUCUAGACCAUUAUACCACACAGGGACCAGGGCACACCUACCGCAGAACCUGCAAAAUAGGGGUAUAACAAACGAGACCCAAACAAACAACAUCUUUAACACGGGCAGCGACUCUAGAACUAGGGAGCCACAUCCCACCCACAACGGAGACAAAACUGGCAGAUCACUACCCACAACACAAGGAACACAAACAACCCAGCAAUGUCUUAACCAAAAUGCUCUCAAUUAAGUAGCAACCCAAUCAAGGACCCGCACGAAGACCCUAUAAAAGGCGACAUACGACAUCAAUAACACACCAACAAACCCAGAAGGAACAGACAUAUAGAGCGCCGAGGACCCGCACGAUGAAAGGUCAUCACACGCAACAAAUAAACCUCUACACCCACUUGAUACCCCCCCUCGCUCUGCUUCCCGUUUCCAUCUCCCCUGACACCUCAAGCUCCUCCCGAAAGGAGUAAUACAAAUAUAUGCCAGGAAAACUGAUACAAAUUAGGCACAACAACGCAAUGCAUAAGCCAAUACCUGACUUGUUAAUAUUGUUAUAAACUGUUAUAUGUUAAACUAACGUUUCAUCCCAAUCUCUUCUUUCUGUAACCCUCUCCCCAUAAAGUACAAAAACACCAACAAAAUAAAGAAUUUAUAAAAAAAAAAAUAUAUAUGUAUGAAUACACAUGUGUAUGAAUAUAUAAAACCACUAAAUCACUAUAGUAUCUAUAGGUAUAUGUAGCGAUUGUGAUCAAACUUAUACUACAGAUUUACAGCCAAGAACAGUAAAUUUGGCUGUUAAACACAGAAAGUAGUAUCCAUGGCGUGAUUAAGCAACAGUGUUUCUACCACAAUAGUUCACAGUAAUCCCUUGAGGGUACAAUCAACUAAUAGUAAAGAAACAGAGUUGCUUCAAAAAUGUAUACGGAAUUAUUCACUAAACAAUGUUAUGCCAGGUGUUUAAACCCUAAGCAGGUCAAGAACAAAUGUCUGAAAAAAUGUUAGCGGCUACUGAUCUGCUAAAACAUAUAUGCUAGCUUAGUGCUUGUUAUAUCCUUAAAGGGAUACAUAGCCACCCAGACCGCUUCAGCUCAUUGAAGUGGUAUGGGUGCAUAGUCCUAGGUCCCUUAACCCUGCAAAGGUAAUUAUUGCAGUUUUUAACAAACUGCUAUAAAACCUUUUGAGGGUUAACUCCACCUCUAGUGGCUAUCUACCAAAAAAUCACUAGAGAUUUCCAGAUUAUUAAGCAACUUUUGGUCGCCUAACUGACGCUGGACAUCCUUACGCUAUGCACGAGGACUUUCAGUGCGAUGUAAAACCCCUUAGGAAAGCGUUCUAAGGGAAAUUUCUGGGGGAAAUACAAAUGUGAGCCAUGUGCGUUUGGUCUCCCCCGCCGAUGUCAGGUAGGACAUCAGUUCUGGACUUAGGUAAGUCACAGAAGAGGUUUUUCACCCCUUCUGUAUCCAGAGGAAGGGGGGCACUAUAGGGAGCUUUAUUGCCACCCGGUACUACAGUGUCAGGAAGACAUCCUAAAAGAAUCAGUUAGUUAUAAGGUUAACAUUGAACAGUCACAUUUUACAUUAGAAACAAGGUGAAGGUAAAUAGCACCUAUAACUAAACUGUGCCUUAAAGGGCACCUGAACUAUCAAACAUUGGCUGAAUGUCUAGCUAGCUAGCAAGAACUAAUGAACGGACUGUGACUUGCUUAUUUAUAAAGUCAUACUGAUAAGUAAAAGUUGUAAAAUAAAAUCCAUACAUCAUUCCAAGCAGAAAAAAACAGAGCCCCGACGCGCGUUACGCCAGUCAGGCGGUUCUUCAGUGGGAAACAGUGUAAAGGGAAUUAAAGAGUGUAAAUUGUGCACUAGUAACUCCCAUUGAAAAAAAUCAAAAGCCAUUGGGAGUCAGGAAUAAAGAUUGACUGUUGAGUGAGGAAGCACCAGUACACUCUGAGCACCAUAACCCCGUGCAAUUCCAGUUUUAAAGCCCUUAAUUUUGAAUCUUAUUUGAAUAGGUAAAGUGCUCAAUAAUUGAUCACUGAUUUUUUUUUUAUUUUUUUUUUUUUUACUGUCUGUGUGCAGCCAUGCUAAAGAACAUUACUGUAAACACCAGAUGUUCUCAAUAACAUAAAGAAUUGUGUGACUAAUCACUAAAGAAUACCAGCAGACAAAGGGAAAAAAAUAAGCACAAAAAUAAAUGAGGACAUUUGCAUAUAGAUUAAAAAAGAGAGAAACAUUUAAAUAAGUCACAUGCUCGAAAUCAGUUUUGGUUGAAAGCUUACCUAAAAAAUAGGUUUUGUGGUUUAUUUUUGCGGUGGUUUCCAAAUUAUUUAUAGAGCUGGUGUUAUAAUUUCCUAUCAUUUUAUAACUACCUCAUAGAUACUUUUAGUGUACGUAUGUCUAUCCAUGUAUUACACCACAUCCAUUUUAGUUUCUAAUUUGCCAUUAUUGGUAUAUAAUGGCCUUUAUUAUCUUUUGGGACAAACAGUUUUCUGGCACUGCAGGUCCCCUCUCCCUCCCACCCCCCAUCCCAGGUUGCUGAGGGUGUUAAAACCCCUUCAGUGACUUAUCUGUAUCCAGCGCCGAUGUCCCUCGGCGCUGGGUCAUGGUCUGCCCACGCUCCUCCCCUGCCGACAUCAUCCGGCGGGGGAGACCUAAUGCACAUGCGCGGCGAUGCCGCUCACACGCAUUAGACCUCCCCAUAGGAAAGCAUUGAAAAAUGCUUUCAAUGUUUUCCUAUGGGGAUUUCAGCAACGCUGGAGGUCCUCACAUAGCGUGAGGACGUCUAGCGAUGUUAUAACACGCUUUGCAUGUUCUAUGAACACGGAAGUGUCCUCAAGUGGACAGCCACUAGAGGAGGACUUAACCCUGCAAGGUAAAGAUUGCAGUUUAUGAAAACUGCAAUAAUUACAGUUGCAGGGUUAAGGGUAGUGGGAGUUGGCACCCAUACCACUCCAAUGGGCCGAAGUAGUCUGGGUGCCUGGAGUGUCCCUUUAACACUCGAUAAAAUAUGAAUGCACAGGUAAUUGCAAAUAAUUGUACAGGGCGAGCAAGCUACAUCUGCAUUCAGCAUUUUUACAAAGUAUAUCUUUUUACAAUAUCCAUUCAUAUUGUCAGCAAUUUCCAAUAGUCUUUUUUUUUUUUUUCAAGGAGGGGGUAUUUUAUUUCUUUGCGCACACCUUAAUUACUAAAAUGUCAAGAGUACUUUUUCUUUAAUGGAAUCUUAUAAAGAGAAAACAUAAUCACAUGACCUUUUUCUACUUCCUUAUAACUAUAUACCUAUAGGGCCUGUGUGGGAGCCCUAUCCUUUAGGUGUGCUGCCUUUAUUUAACUUUUUAAGCGCUGAUCAGUCUGUACACUUUGCAUGUAAUCACAUCACGUCAUCACUUUUUUUUGUAUCACCAACAAUUGCCAAAUCUACUGAUUAUAUGUUGAAUUGCUUGUGGUUUUUACACACAUCUCACAGAUAAUGUGUCAAUUUUUGUAAAAACCCCAAUUUUGUACUUUGCUUGUUCUCCACCUCCCAGUACGGCAAUGCCCCACAUGUAGACUUCUAAAUACCAGAUUUUUGAGAGCCAAAAGGUAAAAUUACAUACUGCUCAGUUUUCAAAUUUCCAAUUUUCACCAGUUGAUUUUCAAGGCCCAUGUCCUGUAUGUCCACAAUCUCUUUGCAAUCCAUUUUUGUUGCCUGAUCAUUCCCCUAUAUUCUCCUUACUCGUGACUGCAUCUUCCAUUUUUUGCCACUAUAGAUAUUGUGAUUAGUUUUCAUCUUUUUCUAGUGAUAAAUGUGGAAAAUUAAUAAUGUCGUUGUUGGCUACAUUUCUUCAUAUAUGAACUAUGUUAAUCUCUGAUACAGAGGAAGUUUUCCUGUUAAAGCAACAUUGUCGCUUCCGCUCUUACUGUACCUCUCUGCUUCGUAGGUGGUGUUAAAGAAAAAGUAGCACAUCAGCCUGUACAUGACGGUCUGCAAGAGCAGGGCAUUAUGGAGCCAAAUGAGAAAAGCCAGGUAGCGGAACAGAUUUGUACUGUGAACAGAUGUGUAAUGUGUUUAUUUAACGACAGAUAUAUAGUUUUACAUUGAUUUCCUUUGCUAACAGGACGGUCCAAGGCAGUGCCUGGGUCUCUCCACUCGACAGGCUUUAUCACGCUUGAAAGAACAAUUGUCGUCAGCCCUGGCUGCUCACCAGCAACAGAAGAAGAGUGUAGGUUUGUGGAAGGUGAGAUUUUGCUAAUCAGUAUACAUGCGCAUGUUAAGUGGCCUUUGUGUCUUUGGGGAUACUCUACUUUGAUAGGUCAAAACACCGUUUAUACAGCUGGACUGAGAUUUCAUUCGUAUUAUCCUGAAAUAACAUUUUAUUUCAGUUAUGUAAUUUGCUGUCCUACAGGGACAUUUGGUGCUCCUGUGUGUGUUUGGGAAGGGACACUGCUGAUAACGUAAUUGUUGUUUGGGGUUUUGUUUUGUUUUUUUUACCCAGUUUUGCCCAUGAAGACACCUCACCACAGGUUACAAAUACCUGCCAACAGCUGGAAUGUUUGCCUAUUGACAAAAAAAAUGCUGUGACAAUUGGCCGAGAUUUGUUUUUGUUUUUUUGUUUCUCGAUCAGCCAUUUAUGCCUAAAAGGUGCAGUUUGGCUUUCUGUUACCUACAAUUAGAAAAUAUUGACCAAUAUUGUUAAAAUAGAUCUCUCCAAAAGGUUAAUGAACGUUAUGUGUUACAACGCAAGUAUAAACAAACCAACACUGCCAUGUUGAUUUAUUUAUGUAUUUUUAUUAUUAUAUAUUUAAUAACCACACUUUAGAUACAAUCUGCUGUUGCGCUAUGGAAGUCAUUGUUUGAUUAUACUUAUAAGUAAUGCCACUCAAAUUUGUUACAAAGUCAGGUUAACUGGGUGGCUUGGUAGUCAGGUUUGAAUGAGGUGUUCAGAUGGUCUGGAUGCAAUUGGGUCUAUAAAUUCCAGCUACGUUGUUCAAAAGCCAGUUUCGAAAGUGAUCAGAGAGGGUCACAAGCUCACCAGAUAUUUAUGUAAGGCAAGGCCCUUCUUCCCAAAGCUUAGCCGUAGCCUGUAGAGGUAAUGUACUAUAGCAUUUGCGGUGUCAUUUUUAUUGAGAAUUUCCCUGUGAAUUAUAAAAUGUGGCAAAAAGGAACAUACAAAAGUCACCAUAAAGAACAAAGCAUUCAGAAUAAAUCUCCAAAAAUAAUAGCUAUCCAAUAGCAAUAAUAGCUAUCCAGUGUUUCCAAUGGAACCAUUUCAGAGAACCGGAAAAAAGGGGGGGACACUGAAUAAACCAGGGUUAACCAUUGGUAGGAUAAUGUGAAUGCGUGGCAAAACGCAGCCCUGGGCCAAUCAGCAUCUUAUCAUAACAACACAUGAAAUCAAUGGAUUUCUAUGGAGAAUCUUCAGCAUCUCCUUGCAGAGCAUGGAUGAGCAUUACGUAGGUGCUGCACUCUGUGCAACUCUGGACUCGGAAGCAUUUCUAGUGGCCAUCGGAGUGACAGCCACUAGAGGUGUUACUAGGCACCAAUGUAAACACUGCCUUUGCUAUAGACACCAGACCCACUACAUUAAGCUGUAGUGGUUGUGGUGAAUAUAGUGUCCAUUUGACAACAUACUUUUUUUUUUUUUUUUUUUCUUAAUGAGGAGCUACUGAUUGAUUAGAGUAUAAGCGGACAACUAGCCAAUCAACAAGGUGCCCCUGCCCCACUGCACUCCGCGCUUCCUGAAACUCCAUUUUCAGAAGCCAUUGUCUCUGGGAGACUGGAGAUUCGGCACUGGAGGCAGCCUUUGGGGUCAAGCUGUUCAUUUUUAAGUUGUUUAGAUGCCCAAAGUGUUCUUUUUAAUACGUUGAAACAAUUAUUUAAAAAAGUUUACAAUUUUUUUUAUAUCAUUUGGGAAGCUUACCCAACAAUAAUAAAUCGAGGCCAUAGAUCGAGACAUGGAGGUACAUACAGAGAUAGCAUAUAGAAAUAUAUAAACAGAUAGGAAGAUACAUACAGUAUUCCACACUUCUCAAUGUGGGAUGUAUGGAAUCUAGAGACAGACGGAAUGUCUGUAAAAAAAAUAAAUAAAAAAAAAAUGAAUUAAAAAAACUUUUUCAAAAAAAAAUUUCUUUUAAAAAGAUAUUGGUACCUAGACUGGCGUUUCUCUUGUUCAGUUAGAAAAGCAAGAUACUUGUUUUUUAAAGACUACUUUUAUAAAGGUGUAAUUACGUAUAAUUUGUUUCCAGGGUGUAAUUUUCUUAAAUGCAUAGUCUACAAAAUAUGCUCUGAGACAUUCACUCUGAAAAUUAAAAAUGUAAUGAUGUGGUUCUAUUUGUGCAGGGAUGGAGGCGGAGCUUCCUGUACCAUGCCAACCGAUCAUCGUGCUUCCACUGGCCUGGUGCUGCCCUCAUGCUGCUUGCCACAUUAUUGCUGCUGUGCUGUCAUGGUAGCCAGCCAGAAGGAAGGUGAGCUGAAUUCUGCUCUGGCACGAUCUUUCCAUUUAAUACUGGUUCUGUAUAUUUGGCUGCUAUUGAAUGAGACAAAAAUAUAUAUAUUUCUGCUAUCUAGAAUUGGACUCAGCCCUGUUGUUAUAAAUGUAAAAGGUGUGUAAUACGCAGGAACGUAUUCUUUUGAAAUCUACUUGUCCACGGACUAAAGUGGUGACACAAUCUACUUGUCAGUCAUUACAGUGUCUUGACACAGAAUAUUUUAAUUUGGGAAGUUUGGGACCUGUACAUUGAGGGUUAUUCUCAAACUCUGGAUUUUCCCAAAUUAAAUGUGAAUGGGGAACAAUUGAAUCAAAAAUAGAUUAUCUGAAAUUACUCCAAGUCAGCCAUAGUCACAAUUGGCUAUUUUUACUUCACUUAUGCCAUGCAGAAUUCAUAUGGAGUUUAAUAUGGAGUUUAGUAUCCCUCCGUCCUUCCUUAUAGUGUGUGCUGCACGUAACAUGUUUGUUUGCUGUAUAAUGUGUGUGUACUGGCUGUAUGUAUUGUGUGGGGUCUAUGAUGGAUGGAUGUAAUGUUUGUGGUAUGUGCUUGGUUUAUGUAGUGCGUGGUCCUUUUAAAAAAAUGUUAUUUAUUUUUUAAAAAGCACAAUUCGAUAAGCUUUUCCAUUGUUUUUUUCCCUGGAUCCCUUGUGGUCCAGUGGGGGCGGAUGUGAGGCCAGCAACUCUGACUGGUGCUUCCUCGCAGUCCCAGCACCCGGUGAGUCAAAGUGCAGGUUGGGAAUCCUGGUUGCUGCACUCUGACUCGUUAGUGAGCGCAAGGGAGUGAUUACUUUGGUCUGCACUUGUAGGAACUCCCUGCACUGGACUUGUCUCUCACUCUUAUAUUCAGCAUAUCACACUGUAUUAGCUUCCAGGUUUUCUGGGCAGACACUUCAUGUCCGAGCUGUUGGGCAAUACAAAUUCCACAUCCCGGCCCCAUACAUACAUACACACACACACACACACACACACACACACACACACACACACACACACACACACACACACACACACACACACACACACACACACACACACACACACACACACACACACACACACACACACACACACACACACACACACACACACACACACACACACACACACACACACACACACACACACACACACACACACACACACACACACACACACUGUCAGCAGCAGAGGCUCCUCCAAUCAAGAGUCUUUCAUCUUGCUCUAUGGAUCUGAUCUUAUCCAAAGCUUAUUUUUCUGCAGAUUUUUACAAGAUAAAUAGCAUUUCCUCCAUCCACCAGUCCUCUUUUCUUGUAGGAAUGGAAUUGCUUUAUAAGAUGUUAGCAGCCAUCCCAGUACAGCCUCUCUGGAUGCCACCGAAUUAGUGAAAUCUGAAUCCGAUUGGUGGAACUGAUGGAAAUUCAGAAAUUGAAUUUACAAACAAUCCGCUGUCAUUUCUGUCUACGCCUACAAAAAGCUGUAAUUUGUACCAAUUUGAAAGUUCACCACUGGGGAGAAAGCGUUAACGCCAUUGAAAUAUACAAAUCGGACAUUUUGUAUAUCCUGUGCAUGUGAGAAUUACUGAUUUUAAAGGAACACCACCUCGCCGUAUUGGUUAAUGUGUCAGGAGUUCCUGGAGAACGUUCCACUGUAAGAUGUUUUUUAGUACAGUUUGACAACUGAUCUUCACACCUGUGCUGCAUCUAUUGCUUCCAGUCUUUUCCCGCAGGACUGCUUGAUGUCAGUUUAGAGCACGGGUGCGGUAGGUUGUAGGACUACAGCGCCCAUGAUGCUUUGCAUGCCUUUAGAAUGACACAGCAUCAUGAUAGCUGUAGUUUUAAAACAUCUGGGGAUCUACCUUUGGGACACUCCUUGUUUAGAGGAAAGCAGGACUGUAAUUAUUGUCUGGAGUGUCCUUUUUGUAUUUACAUUUUUAUUCAGGAGUAUGUGUGUUUGUUCCUGACUCAUUGUUGAAAUAUUUUUUUUUACUGUUUUUCCUGCAGUCAGGGCUCCGAGAUAGGCAAUGCCUGUGCUCUCUUUCUUCUGAUUUUCCUCGACUUGUUCCUAAUGAGAAGACUAGAAAUGCUUAAGGAAAACGAGGUGGAGGGCAGACUUAUGAGGAUCAUCGCCGGAAUUGAUGGUAACGGAAUGACUGCUCUGCAGAAUUCUCAGAAACCUGUCCUAACAUAAUCUAUAGCAGUAUUUUCAGAGGGAAUAAAAUAGGACUCAUUGCAGGAUGGGAAAAAAAAGGAGCAGAAAACGUGUUGUUUUGGAGCAAAACUGGUUACUAUUAGAGAAAAUAAAUUUAGAAAAACCCAACCAGCAUUAAUAACCGUAACCAAAUCUGUUUAUUUUACCAAACAUGUAUAGGGUUGGAGUAUUCCAAUAUUAAUGAAAAUGUUUUUAUUUUAACAAAUUGAAUGGUUUGAAUAAAUCACAGUUGAAGAAGCCUUGACAGGUCACCAUGAUUAAUGCAGCUGUCUUUUUAAAUGGUAUUUAAAAAAUUUAUAUUUCCUUUUUUUUUUUUUUUUUUUGCUCCAAUCUGAAAGGAAUAAUAUCAAUAUAAGUUAUCGGAAUUGAGUCAUUUGUUUUCAAGCUCUAUUGCUAUAAAUAAAAACAAAACCAAAUUAUUGAUGGUUUGUAGAGCAAUAGAUUCUAAGCUGCUUUGGAUAUUUCGAUACAGAUGUUCUGUCCAGCGUUUACGAACCGAUUUGGGAAGAUUCCUUGUAUCCCGACUUGUAUAUGCCAACUGCACACUCAUGGUCUCUUCACUGGGCAUAUCGAGAUGGCCGACUUGUGAACCUGCCCGUCAGCUUGCUCGUUGAUGGUGAUGUCAUAGCUCUGCGACCGGGACAGGAAUCAUUUGCCUCUUUGCGAGGAAUGAAGGUAACCAAUCGUUUAGGACCAAACCGGUACUGUGCAGUAAACUAAAAAAAAAAUGUGUCCCCCAAUAGGUGGUGAUGUAAAUACAUGAAGGAACCCUUGCAUUGUAGGUUUUCUCUGGGUAUAUUUGCAUUUGAAUCCAGCAGUUUAUAAGAAAACAAUCUUACUGGUGUGCAUGCAAAAAAAGAAAGAAAAAGUAAUGUAGAAAGCCGUCUAGCAUUCUUCAUUCAAUCAAAUCUAAUUAUAUUUCCACAAGAACAUGUGCAAAAUAGUCUAUAGACAGACAUAGAACUGUGUGAUCAUGCUUACUGCGGAGUGGGGAAAGUGUGAAUUCACUCACAAUUUCCCUGAAUAGUGCAAAUCUUUCAAUUGCAAACAGCAGGUGCUUUUUACCAACCGUUAUGCUAUAUUCUAUGAUUGCAUCACCCUUUCAGAAGGCAUUCUAGGAAAAGUACCAAACUCUCUGAUGACGGUUUCCAGUGAGUUGGUAAAAAGAAAAAUGGUUAUAUGCUUGAUGCACGAGCAUGAAUUCAGUUAUCAUUUCUGCUUUGCAUGUAGUAUGCUGUCUAAUUCAAACAGUAGAAUGCAUCACUCACUAACUAUUCACAGUUUAUUACAUGUUACUGUGAUAGGUGAAGACAUGUGAUCUCUUCCUUGUCUCUACUGUAGGAUGAUGAGCACAUAGUGCUGGAACCAGGGGACCUCUUUCCUCCUUUUUCCCCUCCUCCUUCUCCCCAUGCUGAGGGUAAGAAGGUCCCCCAUGACCCACAGCAACAUCACUUGUUUCGCAUCCUGAAAACACCUGUAAUGGACAAUGUCAGGUAAAGACUUCACUGAUAUCUCUAUGAUGGUUUGUAAUGUAAUACUAAUGAGAGGAUUCCCCGUGUUUUACUUUCUAACAAACUUAGAAUCUACAAGUUUCCCCAUGUAUGAAAUGAAUACAUGCAUUGUCACUGUUUCACCCAGGUUAAUUUGAUUCAGGCUCCCAUGCACACAUACCUGGGCACUGAUGACUUAUUUUGACCAUUCUUUCUUGGAGCCAGGCUGUCUGAGAAACUGGUUUCAUAAACAAAAAAAAAAUUGUAUAGGAGUAGGGGAGCAGAGAGGGGCUGGGGACUUCUCUGAGUGAGCGAGCGAGAUGGCUAGUGAGCAGACGCUCCCAGUAAGGUGGCUAGUGAGCAGACACUACCAGUGAGAUGGCUAGUGAGCAGACGCUCCCACUGAGAUGGCUAGUGAGCAGACGCUCCCACUGAGAUGGCUAGUGAGCAGACGCUCCCACUGAGAUGGCUAGUGAGCAGACGCUCCCACUGAGAUGGCUAGUGAGCAGACGCUCCCACUGAGAUGGCUAGUGAGCAGACGCUCCCACUGAGAUGGCUAGUGAGCAGACGCUCCCAGUGAGAUGGCUAGUGAGCAGACGCUCCCAGUGAGAUGGCUAGUAGGCAGGCGCUCCCAAUGAGAUGGCUGGUGAGCAGGCACUCCCAGUGAGAUGGCUGGUGAGCAGGCGCUCCCAGUGAGAUGGCUGGUGAGCAGAUGCUCCCAGAUGUUACCUUGCGAUGCUGCUGGGAAACCUAAUGUCACACACCAGCAGUAUUGACCCGUGCAAGUAACUGACGCAAGAAGGGGAGCAACUAGCCACUCAAAUCGCUGCUCUUCAUCAUUCCCUGUGAAAGUCCUGGGUGGCUGUUAAUGAAGAGCUCAGAUGUGUAUUUGCAGUCUGCAUGUAUCAAUGAGUGUAUGUGUAUGGGUAACACUGAAUGUAAAUAAUUGUCUGGUGUACUGUACCCUUUUUUUUUUUUUUUUUGUGUGUUUUUUAAUCUUUGUAGCGCAGUAUAAUUAAACACCCUAUAAUGAAUACAUACCUUUACAGUAAGCAACAUGUUUUGUGUCCCUUUUCCCUAAAGUCACCCUAAUAAAGCCUGCAAGCAUUAUGGAUAGAAAGAUUAUCGGUUCCACCAAUUAUUAGAGACGAUAUUCUGCAUAUUUCUAAUAAUCGGCAUCGAUCUUGUAAAGUACCAAUAUUACAGCAAAUAACUUGCUCACCUCUCCUAGAAACUCCAUCCAGCAGCGACCCUCAUGUCACCCCUCCCCAUAAGUCCUCUCACGCAAAGCCCCUCUGAAGUCAGGGAGGUGCCACCAUGAAUAAUCUACUGCAAUGUACUAGUCUGUCUUACUGAGAGUGAUAGGACUGUGAUUGCUGUCGGCAAGUAACUGAUCCCAGCAUGUACUGGCUGCCUGAGAUUGAUAGUUGUGUGAUUGCUGACAACAUGUUCAGUUAAUACCAGAUUUGUGUAGAAAUCGCCUUACUUCUUCAACACCUUUUUAGAUGUACUGAAAAUCAGCACCGGUAAUCGGCCUUAAAGGUGACCGAGAGUCUGUAUUGGUGUUGGCUCCGGAAAAAAUUAAAUCGGUCGUACCCUAGUGUGCAUCAUUAAAUGCUAUUUACAUUUAUUUUGUGCAUAAUAAGUGUGUGUUCGUGUUUGUUUUGUGGUGUAUGUGUAUACACAUGUAUACAUGUAGUACUAGUGUAAUUGAAAACAUUUCUAAGGCUGCUUUUAUUCUCACUUUAAGCCUUAUACCUUGGGAAUAUGCCUAUGGAUUUCAAAUAUAUAUCUCCGUUACAGAGCGUAAACCAAAAUAAGUGCAUAAGCAAAUAUUUUCCGAUGUAAUUAUUUUUUUAUUUUUUUUAUAUAUUUUGGAUCUUUAGGUUUAAGGGUAAACUUUAAACCGUUAAAGCACUUCAGCUUAUUGAAAAUCUCUGUGUGUGAAUAUUGUGUGUCCCCCUUUUUUUUUCCCUUACCUUUUUUGCAAAAAGAUUUUAAUAGAAAUUAGCACUUUAAUAAAUUGACCUUGUUACACCCCCACAGGCUGUCAGUCAGACAACAUGUCCUGUUACUUCCUGGUUUGAUUAGCUCAGUAGAAAAAUAAAUAAAUCUCCCUCUCUCUAUAUAUAAAUAUAAUAUUAACGAUAACCCUUGACUUCACUUGGAUCUCUAAGUAGUUGGUAAAUUAGAGAAUUUAACAUUUAAAUCAGAAUUAAUUUGAUGUGCAAGGUUACUGUUAUCCAUUCCAGGGAACAAUAGCAUUAGAAGCACUUUCAUUCUCUAGCCCUUAGGAAACGUUAAUAUCAGACCUUGUCACUGAGAUGUGCUGACUGAGCAUUGUGGGAAAUGUAGUCUAGCGCAAGGAUAACCACCGCUACCUUAAUGCUAAACAUACAAGACUCCGAGUAGUUGUUGUAUUCCUUGUUUCUUGUUGUCACAUAUUCUGAAAGUCUACAACCUGUCUCUUCUGUUCUUUGAUGUUCUGACUGAGCACCGUAAACUCGGAAACUGACUCGAUCAGUUUUCUAUUACGCUCACAUUUCUCCAGUUUUCUGAACUGUCUUUCACACGCUUACUUUCUAAGGAACUGACUGGAUCAAGUACACUUACAUGCAUUCUCCCUCCUACUCUAAGGAACUGGCUGGAUCAGGCCCUCACUCACCCAGUAACUGCCCUCGAUAAUGAGAGGUUCACGGUUCAGUCAGUGAUGUUGAUUUAUGCUGUACCCAGCAUUGCGGUGAGUCAUAUGGCAAUAAAGAAUACAAGUAUUCUGUCGUGCCUCCAUCACCAUGAAUUUCUCUGAUCUCUGAUUGUCUGUUUUAACUUUGCAGAUUACCUUUCUUGUUGUUAAUGUUUUGCGACUUCUCUUCCAUACACCGGGCAUCCCUCCUGCUCUCUAUGCAGUGUUACAGCUACAGGUACAGUGAUUACAUCUGAUUACACUUCAAUCUAUUAUACAGAUGUCUACUUGCAUCAAUGUUAUGUUCAUGUUUGUUUGGAUUUUAUCUCCCUGCAUUGUUCCGACAGAUUUUGUCUCUUAUUUUUGCAGGUGAAUGCGGUGUUGCCAGUGCUUCCCCUUCUCUUCCCUGUUAUGUGGAUCUUGGUAAUGGCUCUUGGAGAGGCCCGUGUGCUGGCUCAAAUGAGCAAGACUUCCCCAAGUGCCCUGGUAAGGAGCUGUCAGUAUAAGAUAGGGUCCUGCUCAUGUGAUUUGAACUACAUUAAAUCUGGAAUCAAAUCUCAAUUAUGUAGGAGAAAAUCUAUUAAUCAAAUAAGAAUGCAAGUUGAUUCUGACCAGGAAAAAAGACAAAUUGCUGUACUCUUAUUCCUUUUUUUUUUUUUUUUUUUAAAUGAUUAAAGGGAAAUUACAGGCAUCAAAGCAACCUUUGCUUAAUAAAGUAGUCUUAGUGUAUAGAUCUUGCUCCUGCAGUCUGACUACUCAAUUCUCUGCCAUUUAGGAGUUUAAUCACUUUUAUUUCAGUUUAUGCUGUCCUAUCCACACCUCCCCUGGCUGUGACUGACACCGCCUGCAUGGGAAAAAAUUGUUUAAUUCUCUAUCAGAUCUUAACUUACCUUAUUGUUUACUCUGUAUAUUAAUAUGUAAUCCCAUACAGGAGGCUCCUGCAGGCUCUAUAAUGCCAUUAACAGAGCAUGAGAUUAAUAAUUUAUUUUUAAUUUUUUUAUAUAUUUAUUUUUUAAUGAGUCAAGCAAAGGAGGCAUACAGUACAUAUACCUUAACAAUAUAGUACUUUUCGAGUAGGCUUUAAACAUCUUGCAUGGAAGUAACAACUUGAAAAAGGUAAUAUAAGGCAAUAAACAUAUAAGUAGUAUCCCCCUUUAUUAUUUUUUUCUUUCUUUUUAUCCUUUUCUCUUAUUUCUUUUCUUUUUACAAGUUAAUGUUUCUUUAUAAUUAACAAAGUACAAGAAAAUAGUUACAUUUGUAAAAAAACAAUGCUACAUUAAAAUUACAUACAUUCAGCAUUCACCCAAGGUCCUUAUCGAGGGGGAGUAGGGGGAGGCAAUGACAUAAUUUUCCCGUCUAGAAUAAGCUCGCCUUGUUCUCCUUGAUUUGUUUCCAGGGAGCCCAAAGCUUCAAAUAUUUGACGUAUUGAGAUUGGUCUAAAUUAAAAGAGGCCUCCAUGCUAUGUUGGUAAUCUAUUUGUUGCAGUAUUUCUGUCCAACCUAAACCACCCUUAGAUUUCCAUUUUCGUGCAAUACAAAUUUGAACUGCUAACAUUAUGUGGACAAUUAGACAGUUCUGGGUAUGAUUUCCAGGUAACACUAUAUUAAAAAGGAAGAUCUGAGGAGUUAGAACAAAGUUAAUUCCCAGUAGAGACUUGAGAAAAUUCUGUAAGGGCUUUAUAGUUUUUUUUUUUUGUUUUUUUUUUUAACUCCGUACAACCCCACCAGAUAUGUAAGAAGGAACCCACGUUUGAUUCGCAUCUCCAACACAUUUGUGAAUUAUUGGAGUAAAAUUUGUGCAGUCUAACUGGGACUAGAUACCAGCAUAAAGUUAUUUUGUACUAAGUUUCUAUUAGUCAUGCUGUAAACAUUGUUCCGAACAAUGAUCAAACCCUUCAACCAUUCUCCAUAUUGCAGUUCAACAUUCAUCUCCUUUUCCCAUUUAAUCCAUGGAGACAUUUUUUUUUUUUGUGUGUGCUGUAACAGGGUGAAAAAAUUGGAAACCCUUAAGGUUAUCUUAUGUUUAUGGUGUUUAUCAAAAAAAUCGAUUACAGGGUUAUCCGUUACAAUGGUUUUUUUAUUUAAUGGAAUUUUUCAGUCUAAGAUCACUGAAAACUUCUCUGGACGAUAAAUCAAAACUCGUCUGGAGCAAAUCAAAAGGUAACCAGAACCCCUCUGGUGCUAGAUCUUUUACAGCUUUGACAGCUCUAAUGUCACCUAUAUCUAGUUUAACAUUUUCUUAUGGCAUAUUAUGCCAGAGGGAAUUUCGUAAACCCAGCUCUGUAAUCUUUAAAUUAUAAAAGGUUGUGUAAAUAGCUCCAGUUAUCGGGUUACAAAUAGAAAACGUUCUACUUCCUUUCUUUUUAAGGUCUAUAUUGGACCAAAGUAGACAGAGAGGUUCUCUUUUCCCUAAAUCCUGUUUUUCGAUCUCCAGCCAAAUGGGUCUGGAGGUUGACCUAUUGUCCCAGGCGAUGGCAUGCGCAAAAAUAUUGUUUUUAUACAAAGAGAAUAUGUUGAGAAAUGAUAGCCCCCCCACCCAUUUUAAAAUCCCUAUAUAAAGUAUUUGAGGAAAUUCUAGAUUUCUUUUCUUGCCAAAUGUAUUAAUCAUUAGUUGGAUUUCCUUAAGUAUUAAAUUAUUCUGAGAGGUAUGUUUUUAAACAAAUAUAAAAUUUUAGGGAGCAAAUCAGAUUUUAUCACUUCCGCUCUUCCCAUCCAAGAUAGUUCCAGCCCUUUCCAAUUUGCUAAAGUAUUUCUAAAAUUGCAAAGUUUAAGAUUAUAAUUUUCUUUUCUGAUAUAGUCUAAAUCCAAAUAUAGUUUAAUCCCCAAAUAAUCUUGAUUCAAUGUACUCAAUAUCCGCAAAAGAUACAUUAUUCAAUAGUAUUUGAGUUUUAUUAAAGUUUAGUUUAAAAUUUGAAAAACAGCCAUAUUCUUCAAUCAAAUGGAUGUCUUUGGGGAUAGAGAAUUUUGGAUUGGCUAGAGUUAAAAGGACAUCAUACAAGAAAGGUUUACAUUCCAAUGUUCCGAUAGUAAUACCCUUAAUUUCUUUAUCUUGUCUAAUCUGGUUAGCUAACGGUUUCAUCGUCAUGACAUACAAGAGAGGAGCGAGAGGACAACCCUGCCUCGUUCCAUUUCUAAUUUUGGACCACUCUGACAACAGCAUAUAUACCGCAAUCCUAUCUGUGGGGCAAGUGUACAAAAGCAUAACACUAUUCCUAAAUGCACCCUCGAUGCCGAAGGCUCCCAAGACCUCAUCUAAAAAAACGCCUAUUCACCCGGUCGAAAGCUUUUUCUGCAUCGAGAGCCAUCAUGCUAGACUCCCCCUCUUGUUGGUUUAUAUGAUAUAUAAUAUUUAUCACUUUUCUAGUGUUAUCAUUCGUGCGCCUGCCCUUUAUAAACCCGCAUUGGUCUAAAUGAAUCAAAUCAGGAAGAACUUCUUUCAAUCUUUCGGCCAAAAUUUUAGAAUACAUUUUAAUAUCCAGAUUAAUAGAGAUAUUGGGCGAUAGUUUGAAAUAGAGGUGGAAUCCUUAUUAACCUUAGGUAUUGGAGUGAUUGUUGCUUGUAACAUUCAGAUGGAAUGAUAUCACUCGUCAUUAAUUGAUGAUAUAUUCUUAAUAAUAAUGGUGAAAGUAAAUUUUAAAAUGUCUGAAAAAACCCGUGGGAGUACCCGUCUGGCCUUGGUGAUUUGUUUGUUUUUUGUGACUUAAUGCAAUUUUUUUUCUGUCCAAUUUAGGUUUAUUUAAAAAGUCUAAUUUGGAGACCAAAAUUUUUGGAAGUUUAAGAUUAUUAAGAAAUUUAGAUAUUUCGACCUUAGAAAAUACAUGAUCUUCUAGAUCAGGAAUAGGCAACCUUCAGCACUCCAGAUGUUGUGGAUUACAUCCCUCAUAAUGCUCUUACACCCAUAAUGCUGGCAGAGCAUCAAGGGGGGUGUAGUCCAAAAUAUCUGCAGUGCCGAAGGUUGCCUAUGCCUGUUCUAGAUUAUAUAAAGAUCUGUAAUAGUCCCCAAAGGCCUGACUGAUCUGUCUGGGGGUUAAGAGUUGUUUUCCCUUAACAACAAUUUUUUUAAAUAUAUCAGCUCUUCGUUUAUUCUUUAACUUACUUGUUAACAUUUUACUAGAUCGAUUGGCAGCAUGGUACCAUUUUUGUUUUAAAAUAAAAAUGGCUUUAUUGAUUUUUAAAAGUGCCUGCUCUGUGAUUUCCUUUCUUAUGCUGUUGAUCUCUAAAAAGGUGGAGGGAUCCAAGGCGGCCUUAUGGCGUCUUUCUAAUUUUGCUAAAUUAAUAUAUAAAAUGCUCAGUGAUUCUCCACGUUUUCUGUUUUUGUUUGAGUGCCUAUUUUUAUGAGUAUACUUCUUAUAUAACACUUCAAAGUGCACCACAAGGUCAUAUCAGAAACCUCGUCCCUGUCAUUUUGUUUUCGAAAAGUCUUGAAUGUGGGAUAAAAGAGACAGAAUGUUUUCACUCUUACAUAGCAGACUCUCAUUAAGCCGCCAGUUAUUCCUGACCUUAUAUGCCGUGUUAUUCUUGAGAGAAACAAAAAUAGGGGCGUGAUCAGACCACUUUAUUGAGCCUAUUUUAGUAUUUGUUACAUAGUUCAAUAAAUUAGAUCUUAAGAAAAUAUGUUUGGUGCAUUUGAGAAAAAAAAGGUACAAUCUCAGCCCAUUGGAUUAUUCACUCUCCAGCUAUCAUGUAGUUGGUUACUAUGUAAAAUGUUUUGAAUUACUUUAAAGGACCACUAUAGGCACCUAGACCACUUCAGCUCAAUGAAGUGGUCUAGGUACCAGGUCCUUCUAGUUUUAACCCUGCAGCUGAAAACAUAGCAGUUUUAGAGAAACUGCUAUGUUUACACGGAGGGUUAAUCCAGCCUCUAGUGGCUGUCUGAAAAUCACAGUGAGAAGACGCUGACGUCCAUAGGAAAGCAUUGAGUAAUGCUUUCCUAUGGGCGGUUUUAAUGCGUGCGCGACUCUUGCCGCGCAUGCGCAUUCGGUACUGACGUCGGCAGGAGGAGGAAAGUUCCCCGGCGCUGGAGGAAGGUAAGUGGCUGAAGGGGUUUUAACCCCUUCAGCCCAGCGGGAGGGGGGCCAUGAGGGUGAGGGGGACCUAAGGACUACAUAGUGCCAGGAAAACGAGUUUGUUUUCCUGGCACGAUAGUGGUCCUUUAAUUUGAAUGAACCAGCAUAAUAAAUGUGCAUCUAAUUCCUCCAGUCCUUAUGACAUUUAUCAAACAUCUACUAAAGAAACGCUUACAGUCUUUCAAGCUAACAAUUAUUGCUCAGCCUUUCCAAGGUGUUUUAUUUUUUUAUUUUAAUAUGGUAAAUAUAUGUGGUGAUUUUCAAAUUGAAAAAACAGCAAACUUUAAAUUUGUAUUUGAAUCCUGUAUCUAAGCUUCACAGGUUUAAUUGAUUGUUUACUGGAAUUAUCGAGAACGAGCGACGGUGAUCCUUGCCAUGUCCUUUCUUUUCCCAGAUUGCUAAGUUUUCCGAGGAUACUCUCAGCAGCUAUACGGAGACAGUUUCUGCACAGGUCGGUUCUAGUGACAGAAAAAUAAUGCCAAGUGAUUCCUGCCAUUACCUGUCCUUUGACUUUACAUGCAACAUAAUUUGUGUUUAACAGGAAAUGCUGCGCUGUAUGUGUUCCCAUUUCAUGCGUGUCCUGGUGGGUAGAUCCGAUACUCUUCCGUACACCUCAAGUUUGCUGCAUGGCCUCGGAUCUGUUACUGUAAGUCAUUAAGUGCUAAGCUUGAAGUAGAAGUGUGACAUGGGGCAUCAGGUUUUUGGUCAUAGAACACUCUUCUCUUCCAGGUACUAUGCUGUGUGGAUAAACAGGGUGUCCUCUCAUGGCCAAAUCCCAGUCCAGAAACCGUUCUCUUUUUUAGUGGACGGGCAGAUCAUGCCACAGACAGACACGAGGACUGCACUGAUCAGAUGUCCUUGCGAUCCUACUGCCAGGCUGAGCUUGAUGAUGAGGUAUUGUCUACACGUAUUACCUAUUUAUUGUUAUGCCCACCUAACAUUACUCUCCUCUAACUUUAUUGUACCAUAUACCUGCCUUACCAUGCUUUGGUCAUUCUUUGUCCAUACAGCCACAGGAGAUGGUGGCGCUAUUAGCGAACACAGAAAUAUUACAACUGGUUAAUGAGCAGGAAAUAGCUGAGCGGCCUGGAGAUCCCAAUAAGCUUCCCGAAACUCAGCGCAAAGAACACAUUCGACACAAACAUGCUUCUGGAUCUAAUGUGAGCUUCAGCCAAGAUGCUGGAGGACAGGUAAGAGUGCUGAGGCAGUGGAUCAAGACUGGCAUUGCUACUUUGCAUCUCUAAUGUUCUCCCUAUGAGUUUUAUUUAGUAAGCAGCAUUAACCUGUAAAUGUUUGAGUUUCAGCCAUAAGUAAACUUUAACUUUUUUUUUUAGCUAUGCAAUAGUGCUACACAUGGCUGUAUCGAGCACAUUCAUGCAUGCGUUAACAAAAAGUGCUGAAGUUGAAGUGUUGCAAAUACAUAUCACUUGACACUUUCCAGCAUAAAUUACAUGCAAAUCAUAAAUUAAUAAAAUACAAUAUAUAAAUCCAGAGAAACCAUCAUAAUGUGCCUGUUUUACAAGUUCUGAGAGUUAGAAUACAUAGGUAGAGUUACAGUGAGGUUAGGAGUGAGCAGAGAUCUUUAGAGAGAUGUAGAAAGUUAGUGAUUUGCAAUUUAUAUAUUGGUUUUGUAACUGAAGGAUAUGUUUCCAGAGUGGAUUGGCCACAAUUGAGUUUAGAAAGACUGAGUGUGAGUGGUGUGGGUACAGGAGAGCAGAGGGAGAGAAGAUAGCAGAAAGAGGAGGACACCAUGGAGGACAGAAGAUCACUGAACAAUGAGUUUGAAGGAUGAUAAGGCAGACAGAGGGAAGACAGAUGUGGAACGCCAGUUGCCAGAUACCCAAGAAGGGCCAGAAGCAUCAGUACGUUUGUGUGGAGGCACAUACUCCGCUCUGCCCAUGACCUUCUCCUGUCCGCUGCUCGCACACGUACGGACAACUCACACUUGCAGGACUUCUCGUGGGCUGCUUAAAAACCCAUCUCUUUAGGAAAGCUUAUGGCCUCCCAGAGUAUUCUCUACCUCACAUACCUGUCUCUUGCUCUCUCCUAAAGGGCAGCACUCUACUCUCCUUCAGCUCUGCUUCACUCCCAUCCUUUUUUGAUUGCUAUCGCCUGUCCUAUUGUGUUUUAUACCCCACCUCCCAUAGACUCCAACCUCGUUUGAGCAGGUUCCUCUUCAACCUAUCAUUCCUGUAAGUUUUUUUUUUUUUUGUAAUUGUCCUAUUUAUAGUUAAAUCCCCCCUCUUAUAAUAUUGUUAAGCGCUACAAAAUCUGUUGGCGCUAUAUAAACGCCAAUAAUAAUAAUUAGAACAUACUUGCAUGGGCAUGGUAAACCGGCAAUUAGCCGUGGAGGAGAGAAAGGUAACACGUGAUCAUUUGAUGUCACUAGCUGUCAUGUGGACCAUCUUUGUAGUGGUCUGCAGCAGCUUUGGCACAACUUUCAUUUGAAAAAUCUCGAGGGAAACUUGUUGGACAAAGAGCAUCAUGCAAUGCUGGCGUUUUAUGCAAAAGGUGAUUUAGUGUAUGCAAGCCAUUGAGCAUUUUAAUCCUUAAUUAUGCUGCAAGUAGCUGUGAGCUAUGGGGUAUGGUGCUAUAUGAACUACGUACAUGGUAUGCCCUUCAACUUUUUUUUUCUUUUGAACCAUGAACACCAUUUUAAAGUAUAUAGUUAUUUUAACAAAAUUCAGCACCAUUGCAUGUAAACAGAGAAGAUGUGAUUGCAACCUUGAAAUAUCUUACAGGGCCUAUUUUAAGAGGAUAAUUACUAGAGCAGUACUGCAUGGUUUGACAUAGGCGGAAGACACUGAGAAGUAAUGUGAGAAAAUACAGAGAGGGCACUAGCUAUCUGGCGUUGACGUCCAGUGGAAGUAGUCAAAGCUAAGUAAAGGAGUUCAAGAAUGUUUAGAAUGUGCGUAAGACUAUCUUGAAUGCCGUAAGUGAAAUCCGUAUGAGAUUUCAAAAUGACUCGAUGGGCCAGUUCUUUUCACUGUCUGUUUUCUGCUUACAGCUGAACAGCGAAGUGGACGAUUACGUGUGUGACUGCCACCUUGAGAUGCUCCGUCUGUCCCAGGAUCAACAGAACCCGCAGAGUAUCCAAUUUGAUGAGUCCAACUGGCAGUUCCACCUAAGUUCUCUAAAACCCAUAGGACUCAAUGUGCUGCUAAACCUGUGUAACCCAGGAGUGACCACCACACUGUGCCGUUUCUCUGACCAUUUGCGUCACAUUGCUUUACAAGAAACACACUGCUCUGUGCUCCCAGGGCACAUCCCGUGGGGUCUCUGUGACUUUUCAAGGUUGAUUGGUAAGUCUUCAAAUCGAAGGACUAAAUUCUCUAUCAGUCCUACACGUGUACCCAUGCAACCCUCGGGUCCCGGGUAAAAUAAGGCUGUCUUUGAUCUACUUUGUGAGCUUACAAGUGUUUCAUUCACGAGUGGUUCUUCUGUGAGUCGUUCCUUUUUUACAGUCUUCCUCGUUCUGUCUUUCCCAUGUCUCACGUCCAUUUUCAUUCCAUUCUUGAUUUUCAGGAUUCACCCCUGGAGCUAAAGACCUGUUCAAGCUGCAGAAUCAUGUAGCUCUUUACCACCACCCCAGUGAUGAGACUGCGAAAGAGACAAUGCUCACAAAGUUCCCAGCAGCUACCAAACACCGACCUCUGCUCAGUCACAUGAUCAGCCUGUUCGUCAGGGAUGUUACAACCAGUAAGUCUGCAUAUUGUUACCAUGCUCGUUUCUCCCUCUGACUCUACAGUUUAGUUCUUGUAGAUUUAGGUAUAUAGGAACGUUUCCUGUGUUUAUAAAAGCAUGCAUCUUUCUCACACAGCCUGACCUUGUUCUGUUCCGUAUCGUAUGUAUACCAUCACUCAGAUUACCACUUUCUCCUCUUUUAUCCCUGGUCUCUGUCUCUCCGCAUGGUGAUGCUCUCAGACACAGAGCAGAUGCUGUCCCAUGGAACAGCUGACAUAAUCCUUGAAGCUUGCACAGAUUUCUGGGAUGGAGCCGACAUCUACCCUCUGUCUGGAUCCGACAGGUACUGUGCUCUCUAAUCAUGCCUAUUGGUUUUGAGUCCUUCUUAUCCUUUUACCCCUUACGUGCCUGCCGUUUGUCGUCCAAUCGAAUGUAUUUAUGCUGUCUGUCUGUUCCAGUGGUCGCAUGUUUCCCUCUGGCCUUAUAUUGUCUUAGAAUCUAUAAGCAUCCAGACCACUUCAUUUAAUGGAAGGGGUCUGGGUACCAUGUCCUUAUCAUUUAACUCUGUACCUGAAAACAUUGCCAUUUUGCAGAAACGUAAUGUUUUCAUUGCAGGGUUAAGACGCCUCUAGUGGCUGUCUGGAAGACGAUCACUAGAGGUGGAUCCGUAGCUGCCAAUGAGCUAUAACUCGGUUAUAGCUCUAAUUACUCUCGUUAAGAGCGUUUGAUUGGUGUAGAGCUGCAUUUUGCCUCACAUGCACACUAGCCUCCCAGUGUUUCCCUAUGGGUAUCAGUAAAUGAUGAUCUCAGCCAGAGAGGCAGAGAGGAGAGCAGCAUGCUGCAGGAUGUUAAGGUAAGUAAAACUUGUCUUCUAAAACCCUGUACGGUGGGGGUUGGGGGGAUACCUAGAUAGGAAAGGGAUAACUAUAGCAUUAGGAAUACAUGAGUUCCUAACUCUAUAGUGUUCCUUUAAUCAUCCUCUCUUUUUUAUUAAUGUUUUUGUUUCCGCUCCUGGUCAUUCAGGGUAUUUAUUUUUCUUCAUAUAUAUUUAUCUAUUUAUGUAUUUUAUCUCCCAUUACUUCUUUCUUGUCUCUUAGGAAAAAGGUGUUGGAUUUUUAUCAACGAGCCUGUCUGUCUGGUUAUUGCUCUGCCUUCUCCUACAAACCAAUGCACUAUUCCCUGUCAUCCCAUCUCCAUGGGAAGUGCAUAGAGUUGCUGCAUGCUCCCGGCCAAGGCUCUCUGGCUGCUUCCUGUGACCCUGGAUCUACUCCUCUGAAGAUUUCUGGACGGCAUGACAGCUGGAGCUCUGACGGUGAGUCAUUCAUUGAGGUGAUCUCUAUUUAAAACAUUGCUUCUUUUAUGAUCAAUUGAUCUUUAUUCUACAAAUUGUAUGUAUUAAUGUAAACAGUUCUACCAGUCAGCAUUUUUACCUUUACUUUCACUUUUCUUCCCUCUGGUUUAUCUUGUGUUCCCCCCCAUACACACAGAAGGCAUUGGAGAGGUGGUUGAGGAUAUGGCUCAGGCUCUCAGUGGUCAAAUCUUUAUGGGCAUGGUCUCAUCACAAUAUCAGGCUCGCUUGGACAUUGUUAGGCUAAUAGACGGUUUAGUGAAUGCUUGUAUUCGAUUUGUGUACUUCUCCAUGGAAGAUGAGCUUCGAAGCAAGGUGAGCAGCAAUGUUCUUAUCUUUAACACAAAUUUCUAUAAAAAUAAAAUAAAAUAAAGUAAUACCUGAAUAAUUACAUAGAACUUUUGGAUUCCAAACUCUAAACAAAACCACAUAAUAUGGCGUAAAUAUAUAUAUAAAGUAUGAUGUCUGUUAAAACUCUGUGAAUUACAACUCACUUGUUAGAGAGCCAUAAGGGUGUUCAGAUACGGGGUGAAUUCUGGUCUUCAGCUUUGAGAAUGGAUGGAUAUAGGUGCCUAGUCUGGAUGAGUCCUAAUCUUCAACUAUAAAAACUAUAGAAGGACUUGGCUAAUGCGCAGGUGUGACAAGUCGCCACACUGCGCCAAUAAGUAUUUAAUCUUAGAGUUGCAUUGACUCAGGGCAUCUGUAUGUGGGGUAUUCAGUGUUUCGAUGCAGACUGUGGAUAAUCUGACUUUAGGUCCUGCAAUCUUUGGAGGACCAAACCCAGUAAGUCCUUCUAGUGGUUGUUCGAGUGACAGCCACCAGAGGUGGUGUUAGGCAGCAUUGUAAACACUUAAUUUUCUUAGAAAAGGCAGAGCUUACACCGCUCAGCCUGCAGGGACAGACUUUGUUCCAGAAUCAUUACAUUAAGUCCCUUUUAAAUAAAGAUGUAAAUAAAACCAAACAAGCUAGAUCCACUGGAGGUAUGCCUUGUAAACAUUUGUAUCACCGAUUAUCCUUUGGAGGCCAUCCUUAGUUUAAAUCUGUCAAACAGAGAGCUACAACUAACAAGUUUUCAUCAACAAAUACCUUUGUCUUUAAAAGUACUAUAUCCUUAUUUUUAUGUAAUUCCACUGGUGGCUGUCCAGUGAAUGAAAUUCAGCCUGACAUCACAUCCACCAACACACACUGCAAUUUGUACAUGUUCUCAUUUACAUAUGGAAUGACAUUUUCUCCUUAAAAUCACAGCAUUCUGUUUAUAAUACACUAAAAGAACGCAUGAGCAUACUAAUCAUUUAACAGUGUUAUCAAUAUAAUUAAAGGAUAUAUGUUAUUGCACCAACCAAUCAAUAUUGCUUAAAGAGAUAAUCCACUGCCCAAAUUCAAGAAAAAAAAUAUAAUAAUAAAUUCAAUGUUGAGUAAAUAUAUCCCCAAUGAAAGCUUGCACUGAUGUAUGCUUUCCCCAUUGGGGUAUAUCUAAAAGGAAUUUACCAAACCUACAGAUCUGUCUGCAGCCUGUGCAAGCUCUCCCUUUCUAAUCCCGCCCAAAUUUUCUGUUGCUGUGCAAUCACAGACUUCCCAAUGCAGCUCAUUGAGAAGUCUUUGCAUAGACUCUAAAUAUGAUUCCUAUCUUUAAAGGAACACUAUUGCAUUAGAAAUACAAUCUUGUAUUCCUAACGCUAUAUAGUGUCUUACUUGUGGAUUCGUUUUUGGAAGACCGUCACUAGAGAUGUGUUUAACUUUGUAAUGUUAGCAUUGCAGUUUCUACAACACUGCAAAGUUUGACAUUGCAUGGUUAAAGUGACAGGGGCACUACACCCAGACCAUGGUGAAGUGGUUUUGGUGUAUUUAGUGGUCCUUGAAGUUUGUCCUUUACUUUAGUGUAAAAAAAAAAAAAAAAAGGAAGUGCCACUACCCGACAAGUGAUAGUUCCUUAUUUUUUUAAUCCCAAUAAACUCUAUUGCAGCAUUUAUCAUGGUGAAUAAUAAGCUGAGGAAUGUAAAUAAUAAUAAAAAAAAAAAACCUUCCAUGCCUCCACUUCACUUCCUCUUUGUGGGGUUUUGCUGUCCCAUGAUGCAUCAGGGUGUGAUUAGCAUUUUCUCCAGUAGUGAAUAUGGCAUUGCAAGAGUUAACGCAUGUACAUCCUUUAACUGGUAAAGCAUGUAAAUGAAAUGUAAAAAAUCAAUAAAGAUUUAAAAAAAAAAAAAGCACAACUAAUCUCUAACUUUUAUUUAGAUAUUAGGUUGUGCUAAAGGUUACGUUGCUGAUAGUUCCUGGUUCAUAGUCAUAGUCCAUUUUCUACCCUUAACUUAGGUAUUUGCAGAAAAGAUGGGUUUGGAAACUGGAUGGAACUGUCACAUUUCCCUGACACCAAACGGGGAAGAACCAGAGUGCGAGGUUCCACCCUGCAGUCCCAGCCAUGCUGGCUCCAUGCGUGAUGAUCUCCACCAGGGUGAGUGGUAAUACAGGAAAGUCCUAGUAACGCUUGUCCCGUAACAGCUGCUCCAUAAAUAACUCCUAAUAUUCCGUUGUAGCUAACUUUAACUGUUUUCAGGAUAUAAGAGGAUUUUAAUAUUGGACUUCUCUGUCAGUUGUAUGAUUCUGCUAUGACACUCAGGAUAUUUUCUUUGCAGUCUUUUUUUCUUUCUUUUGUCUAUAUGACCUGUAAUCACCAGCAUGUACUUAUAGAGUUCCCACCUAAAGUCCAUUUUUGAUAGUUUGCUUCCUGCUAAUAUUACACCUUGCUACAUUUUGUACUUAAACAUUGCAUCUGCUUGUCCUGCAUUGGUCUUUGUAUCCAUGAACAUUUUUCUGGACUCUGACCUCCCUCACAAGGUUAUUCACUAAACUGAGCAGUCAAAAUAUAUUUCAGAUUUAAGAUCCUAAUAGCCAAUAUGGAAAAAUUCUCUGAGUGAGCUAUGCUGUCUGUUUUUACUACUCCGGUGUAAAAUUUUACAUUUAAUUUGAAUUCUCACUUUAUUAAAAACACCUUGACAGUAUUUAUUUAACUUUGGACAUGGUUGUGUUUUGAACUAUUUUUAAAAUCUGGAACUGGAUCACUCAAUUGUAUAAUUUUGAUAAUCCGUUCCAUGUUUUCUGGACAGCUACCAAGUCCUUUUGUUGUGUCCAUCCAAGACCAAGAUGAAACCUCAUUAGUAUAUUUCUAUAAGUCGUUGCACUUGGCAAUAUCUGAAAAAACACAACUAUAUACUGUCGUUUUUUCUUUGUAUGUCUGUUAGCCUCUCGGGAGGAUGCAGAAGGGAUGCUUCUUAUGGAAGAUGAAGGACCCUCAGAUAUGAUUAGCUUCCAGCCUACGGACAGUGAUGUUCCCAGCUUCUUGGAAGACUCAAACCGGGUAACAAUAAUGUCUUACACGGAUAGGGGAGAAGAGGGUUCUUGCCUGCACACACAAUACCAGCUAUGGAAAAACAGCAAAGACUUAAAAAUGCAAUACUUAUAAAUAUUUUUUCUUCACUCUUUGUCACCAGGCCAAGCUUCCCCGUGGUAUCCACCAAGUUAGACCUCACCUGCAGAACAUCGAUAAUGUUCCCCUGCUCGUCCCUCUUUUCACUGACUGCACACCAGAAAGUAAGUUAAUGAUAACAGAUUAAAUUGCACCUGCAUGGAAAAACUCAAAUAUGGCCGACAAUGGCAGCACUUUAUAGAAAAUAAGAUGAAACCUCUGCGUUGGCCUAGCACAGGGGUUCCUCAAGUACCCCCUAUCAGUCCAGGAUUUAGGGAUUACCCUGUUGUGUCUAAAGUGUUUUUUUUCCCAAAAACACCUUAGACACAAUUGAGUAAUCCUUAAAUCCUGGACUGCUAGGGGGUACUUGAGGACUGGGUUGGGAACCAUCGGCCUACCACAUGCAUAUGUCUUUUUAGUUUUGGUGGUUUUUUUGGGGGGGGUUCUUCUAUUAUUUAUCUUCUAUUCGAUUUAUCUUUUAUUCUUUACCAAAAAAAAUAAAGAAACAAAAUCAAAGAACUUUUGCAUGCUGGUGGGGCCUUUAUAGCAUCGGCUUCCCAAAUAUUGCAGUAGAACACUACAGUGUCAUUUGGGGCUGGCUGCACAGACAGUCAACCCAUCCAUUUACACCUGCCAUCCCAUAGGAGAUAAUGACGUGCAAUUUUUUGACAAUACAAGAUAUUGAUUAAAUGUAAACCUACCCGACGAUGACUGUUUUGUUUUGUUUUUUUUUGUAUAUUUUUGUGGCUGAUCGAUCCACUAAAACAAUUAUUUAUAUUAAUUUAAAUUAUUUUGUCUUUCCCCAGCUAUGUGUGAAAUGAUUCAGAUAAUGCAGGAGUAUGGAGAAGUAACCUGUUGUCUGGGAAGCUCUGCAAACAUCCGGAACAGCGGCCUGUACUUACAGAGUGAUAUCAGGUCAGUAUUCUCCACGUCUCAGUUUUAGCUUUGUUCUUUGUCUUCCCAGGCUUUGCGUUUGCCACUUAUCCUCACCUCUACUUAUCUUAUUGUACUUCCGAUCCAGGACACAAUCUCACUUCCUGUCUAUGGACACUUCCUUUUGUAUUACCUCACUUGUCCUUCUUGCUGUGUGUCCUUCAGUUCGUGCUUCUAGGCUCUGGCCUUUUGCCAAAUUAUUGAGAUAAUGCGUGUAAGAAAAAAAAAAAGAAAUGUAAUUUUCCAUACUGCAGUCCUAACAGAUUGGUACUUGCUCUUCCCUAUCUCAUUGGAUAAGUAAGCCUAAAGUGCAUAACAGCAGUCCUGUUACCAUCAAGCCCAAAGAAAAUAACCUGUGCUUUCCCUGGCUACCGUCUUUUUAGUCCGUCUGUAAUAAAAAUGAGAAAACAAUGCUACCUGACCUGUCUGUUCUGAGAACAGGCUAACAUGGGGAGCUAAAGGCUGUGGUGUUUCCCUUUAUAGGGUUGAGGGGAGGAGUCUAGGGGGUGCGGAUUGCAUUUGGGUAUAUAACCUUUUCAUUACUACCUGCCUUGUGACGGAGAAUGGCUGUCGCUUAAAUAGGCAAACCUGUUUCAUGGGAUCAAAUUAUCUUUCAUAGACAGAACUUACAAGAAAUCACACACACAACGGGCAAUGUGAUAUCAACAUUAGAUCAUAGCACAUUGUGCUAGACAAAUUGCUUGCAAAUGUGUAGAUUAAAAUGUAUUUAUAGCUUUCUGUUUUGUCUUGUCUCUAUCCUGUUGGCAUAGAAGUAAAGAAAACUCCAAAUGUAGUUACCAUAAAGGUUACGCAAACAUUUAUUCUCCCCCCCGCCCCCCAAAAAUGCAGACCGAAUCAUACCAUUUGUAGCCAUAGAGUACAUGUUAUUAAAAUUAGAAUUACGUUGGCAUUUUUAGGAGCAUUAAAUCUCCAUGUGGAUUCACUAAAUACCAAAUGUUGCCCUGUUGGACAAAAGUCUGUGAAAAUCACCAGAUUUUGCAGUUCUCAUCGUUACUAAAGGUAAAUCUGACUGAAAUUUGGUCAUUACCAUUCAGUUGGAUUCAUUUGGUGUCUGGUUUAAAUCCACUAUUUUCACAUGCAAAUCCUCCAUAAUGUAAAUACUACAUAAUAUGUAGAAUUUGCCUAUUUACUCAGAGACAGGCAAAACAAAUAAAAUAACUUAACUCACUUUUGCAAGUGAAUAUAUUGAAAUCUGGACGGUUAGGUCACUGGAAAUAUUUGGGCUGAAUUUCAGUCAUCUAGUGGCGUUUGGACAGGCUGAAAUCUUUACGCAAUUCUGAAUCAUUCACAGUCAAAAUUGCCCCACACGCAACUGGAUGGUUUUGCCCCAUUCGGUACAAGUGCAUUUAGACUUUAGUGAAUAGCUCUCUGUUAAUAAUUUGCCCCACAAUAACGUCACCUAGGGACAUGCAGUCACACUAACAUUACUCCCAAUGGCCAAGAAGAGAUUGAAUGCCUAAAUAUAUGAACAACCAACGCACAGUGUGAUUGAAUAUAUGAUUUCCAGUCUCCAUCAUUCAUUGUAUUCUCACCCCUGCAGCAUCUCUCUGGAUCCACUAUACCCGUCUCGCUGCUCCUGGGAAAUGUUUGGUUAUGUGAGUGGAACUUUACGAACCACAGCUACUGAGAAACUGGCGCCUCUUCAACUCUCCUCGGCUCUUAACAGCCUGCCUUGCUCGAUGUCAUUCAGACAAGAGGAGUGUGUAGGCCUCAUCCGUCUCAUUGAGCAGGUUGGUGCUGUGAUACACACUGAUAAUUUUGAGUCCAAAACACGGUAACCGUUUGUGAUCUCUUUUGUGAAUCGCUGCCAUUCAUAACUAAAAUAUAAUCAACUGCAGAACUGCUUGUAAGUAUAAUAACGUAAAAAGGUAAAGUGAGUGUACAGAGAUGGCACCGGCCAACUGACAGAGGAACACAAUAAAUAUUAAAGGAACACUAUAUGGUCAGGAACACAAACAUGUAUUCCUGACCCUAUAGUGUUAAAACCACCAUCCAUCCCCCUGCCCCCACCCCCCUCUCACCUUACCCUCCCUAAAUAUAGUAAAAUCUUACCUUUGUUUCAGUCUGCUGCUGCUGGCUUUUCCCCUGAACUGCCUUAUUGGCUGACAUCAUCAGAAGUAAAGCAAUGGAUUGGCUGAGCUUGUCAACGAGGCAGAUCGGGACAAAGCCAGCACAAGCCAAACACAGCCCUGGCCAAUCAGCAUCUUCUUAUAGAGAUGCAUUGAAUGAAUGCAUCUCUAUGACGAAAGUUCAGUGUCUUUAAGCAGAGGGAGGAGACACUGUAUGGCAGUCACACUGUGCAUCACUGCCCAAGGAAGCACCUCUAGUAGCCAUCUGAGGAGUGUCCAGUGUAGUUAUGCCUAGGCUGUAAUGUAAACACUGCAUUUUCUCUGAAACAAACUGUGUUUACAUCAAAAAGCCUGAAGGUAAUGAUUCUACUCACAAAAACAAAUACAAAAAGCUGUAGUUGUUCUGGUGACUAUAGUGUCCCUUUAAAAGACAGAAAGCAGUCCAUCUAUCAGUAUAUGGCACAGGUAGAAAGGGAGGAAACUAAUGAUACUAAUAAUCGAUGCAAACAUAAAUUGUUAUUUAGGAUACAGUCACAAACACAGAUAACAUGGUCGUGCAAUCAUAGGUGAAUAAGUACGAAAUGAAAAGAAAAAUGGCAAGCAAUAUAUCUAGAUAAGGUGUGCCUAAAAGGUAGAUCCCCAGAUGUUUUAAAACUACAACUCCCAUGAUGCUUUGUCAUGCUAAAAGCAUCAUGAGAGUUGUACUUCUACUCUUUGGGCACCCCUGACCUAGAUUAUGACUUGAAGACUCUAUAUUUGUCCUCAAAGACCUAUUUGUAGUUUUAGUAUUUCUUGAAUUCCAUUUUCUCUGAUUACACCAUUCUCUCAUCAUAUUUCUGACUAUUUGGUUAUUAGCCUCUUUUUGUGUCUUCAGUGGAUCUUAUCGACUCUUUAGAACUUCACCUGUGAGCUUUGUGUUGUAAGGGAGCAUAUUCAUUAAAUGGACAAAAUAGCCAGGCUGUGACUAUAGCAUAUUUAAAGAUUUUUGUUUCACCGUAAUCGCUUUUCAGUUAACUACACUUCAGUGUUUAGUGGAAAAAAACAUGUUGUUGAGCAUCACGAUUACUACUGAGCUUGCUGUUCUUCAGUUCUUACACAGUUUCUCACUUCUCAGGCUCGUCAUUCAACAUACGGCAUCAGGAAAUGCUUCCUGUUUCUCCUGCAGUGCCAGCUGACACUCGUAAUUGUGCAGGUGAGUCCCCAAGGCCCCAAAAAUGACCAGAAAAGAAAGACAUCCUGUCUGGAAUCAUAAUAAAAGGACAGAUGUCCCAAGGCUCAAGUGGAACUGUCUGUGUUUGCUAAAUAACAGAAAAAAACUUCAAAUGAACCUACUGUCCGAGGUGAAUAAAAAAAAUCUUCCAUUUCUCUGAUUCUGUCUUCCAGUUUAUGGCUUGUUUAUUUCAACUUCCACCACUUCUGAGCACUACAGAUAUUCUGUGGCUAUCCUGCUUCGUUUAUCCAUUGCUCAGGUGAGUGUAUUAUCAUUCUAUUUGUUCUAUAUCUGUCUCUAGUCUAGGGCUGUCCAAAAGGCAGAUUCCCAGAUGUUUAAAAGCUGCAGCUUUGUUAUUCUAAAGGCAUCAUGGGAGUUGUAGUUCUAGAACACCUGGAGAUCUACCUUUUGGGCAUCCCUGCUCUAACCCAUAACAGUACCCUUUUCACCUCGUGGGUCUGUCGACAUUAUUUUGUAACUUACCAUCUGUUUUAAAUGCCCUUUAUAAAACUGCUGCAUCAAAUAAAUGAUAUCCGUCUAUCAAACCUAUGUCUCUAAAUACCUGUCUCUUUGGCUGUGUACCUAGCAAGCUAUAUAGACCAACGUUGUCGUGAAACAUGGGAUCCCCCCCCCAUUCAAUGUAGUUAGGGAGUGUUUCUUACUUAUCUGCUUUCAAAUCCGCAUUGCCCACUGUAUAAUGCAUACACACCAUAGCGUUACAAUUGUUAUCCCGUUUAUUUAUUUUGUUUGUUUUUUGCCGCAGUGUAUCUCUGCUUGGAAAGCCCCCGGAUAAUUCCAUAAUGACUGUAGCUACAGGAAAAAACCUCCACUCCAUCCCAAAAAAGGUAAAACAAUUAAAAAAAAAAAAAUAUAUAUAUAUAUAUUUUUUUUUUCAGGCAAAUGUUUGCCACUUCCCUUGUCCGUUUUGGUAAGUAAAUACCUUAGAAAUGCUCCCACCCCUGUCCUCAAGAACCCCCUACUAGUCCAGGAUUUUAUUUAAUUUUUGUCAUCUAAAAACACCUUACACACAACUGGGUAAUCCCAAAAUCCUGGACUGUUAGGGGGUACUUGAGGACUGGGUUUGGAACCACUGCUUUAAAAGACCAUUCUAGUACCCGUGAUAUGUUUAACGUAAUGACAAUCAGAUUUUAUGACUGGUACUCUAUAAUUAAAGUGGCCUAAUCCAUAAAAUAUUCUGCUUUGGAAGGUAUUAGAGUGUAAUCUAUACAUAUCACUAUAAUGAGUAUAGGUUAAAUGCAAUACUAACCUGAAGUUUGUUUCCUGGGUGCUAUUGUGUGAUGAAUGCGACACCACAACACGUGCACCUACCAUGUUUUUUUGGUUGCCAGUGGGAAACUUGUAAACAAAAGAAUUUGAAUUAAUGGAAAAUGAUCUCCUGCACAGUGUCCGCUUCAAUGUCCUUGUCACUCCAAGAAAGCUUGGUUUGAUGUGUUUUUUUUGCUUCCUAUCUGCAGACGCAACAUUAUUUCCUGGUUUGCUUCCUGGUGAAGUUUAUCCCGUCCUGCUCUUGUUGUAUCCUCUGCUUCUGGUUCUCCCUUGAGAAGUUCUGUGAUAUCUCGUCUUACAGCAAUACCACCAACUGCACUGGGAUCACAGUUUAUAGGUAGGAGCUGGGAUGACGGACAGCUGAACUUAAGAUCAAGAAGAUUUCACAUAUGGAAAAAACGUGGAUCAAAGAGAAACCUCACACUUUAUAUUGCCAUAUUUGUGUUUAUUUUGUAGUGAUUCUCUUGGUGCUCCAGAUUGGUUUGGUUCCUUUUCCGGAGCUCUGUUACUGGCCCAGAAGCUAUCUGUCUGCCUUAUUGUUUUGCACACAGGUGGGUAAAGCUCAGAAUGUUUGAUUGAGCGAGGUCAAAUAUUGAAACACUUACCAAACUAUUCAACCUUUCAGUGAUUAUAUCAAUCAGUCACGUUCACCGCUCCAAAGCUCUGUGGAAGCGAAGUCCUUUCCGUAAUAGGUGGUGGAGUCUAACAUUGCCCAUAUUGUAAGUAUUGAUUUGCGGAACCGGAGUUGCUGUAGUGUGAUUCCUGCCUUCUCAGCUCUGACAAUCUUACCUUUCCAGGUUCCUGGCGCAGGGUUUACAGACGGCUAUUGACUUGAAACUCUGGACAAACUCUGCCUCACCUCUGACCUUUCACCCCAAGGACAUCCCUCUCAUAUCUUGGUUGUUGGGGACAAUCUCCCUCAUAAUAGUCCUUGUAAUCAAUGAAUUAGUUAAGCUGCACGAAAUAAGGUACGAAGGGUGGUAAGGUGUUUAACAUAUUGCUUCUCUAAACUAAUUCUGCUUCUUUUAAUUCAAGGAACGGUUUGGGCACCAUAACAACUUCAUUCAACUUCAAAUGAAGUUAUGGUUCCAAAAGAUCUUUGGCGCUGGCUUAUUUUUAGGGGUUAAACCGUUUAUGAAAGGUUUAACCCCAAAGUCUCCUCCGUUUCUCUCUGCCCACCUUCCACAUCCGCCUUGUCAAAAUCUUUAAAAUGGAAGCCUGGAAGAGCCGCCGGGCCGGGGCACCACUGUUUGGUUUAGAGCGUCAGCUGACACUCUAAGCCAACUAGUAUCUCCCCAUUCAUAAAAACUGCUUGAAAAAGGUAUGAACUGUUUAACCAUUUAAGGUAAGUCAGCGCCAGGGACCUCCUGAUAUCAUAACAACUUCCUUUUGAUGCUCGUUUAAUUUUGUUCUUGUUCUUGUUCAUCUCUGGUAUGUAUUCUUGUUCUCGGACUAGUGUUUUGUUAUCUUUGCUUUUUCUUCCAGAGUCCGAGUCCGUUAUCAGAAGAGGCAAAAGCUUCAAUUUGAAACCAAGCUUGGCAUGAACUCACCAUUCUGAUCACCUCCCAUCACUUUGCUGUAGGGGAUAUUGGUAGUGUUGUUGAGCUAGAUGUCUUUUGUCUUGCCUCAGCUUCAGACAAGGGAGAGGCAGGGAACUGUUUGACCUCGAGAAUCCCAUUUGGAAGGACACUGUUAACACAGCUAUUCAUAUCAUCCUUAAACCAGCUGUCACCACCAGUGCCUCCUCCCUACCUCCUGUGCCUGUUUACAAUUUGCAGUCGGAGCUGCCACAACUUCCUGAGUCUUUCCCUCCGCACUGAUCUGAUGAGUGACGAAUGUGAGGGUUCUCCUUCAUCCUUCGUCUGACCCAAUGCAUGUUUCCUUCAGGAGCAAAGCUCCCAUGCAUGGCUCAAUGCAUAUUAGAUGCUCUGCUAUGCGCUUUAAACCACUGGAGUGCUCCGCACACUGCAUCACCAAACAAUACGUGCAAUAGGAAUGGGACACUUAUUUUUUGUUUUUUAAAUGAUGUAUAUUUUCUAAAGUAAGCUCAAGAGACUUAGCAUUUUUAUUGAAAAAGCUGUGAAUAAAAUCUAUGCCAAUAGCUUCCAAGUUUUAUUUUCUUUCAUGAACCACUUCAUCAAAACGAAUGAGGCGGGCUGUAUAUUUAGAUUUAUUGGUGGUCUUGUCAAAUGUAACAGACAUUCUUUUAUCACUGUUUUAAACGAAGAAGAAAAAAAUAAAAAUCUAACGCUACCCUCACAUAUUGCAUUUAGUCCCAAG